AUGGUGGAAAAGCAGAAAAAUUAUGACAUUCAAAAAGGUGAAGUGAUGGUAGAUGAGGAUUUGAAGAAGAAAGAGAAGACUAGAGCUCAGAAAAAGAAGAAAAAUGAUAGUGCAACAAACAAUGAGACUGAAGAGAGAAAAUACAUGCCUGCUCUACCUUUCCCCCAAAAGCAAAACAGAGAGAAAUUGGACAAACAAUUCAAGCUCUUUCUAGAAGAGAUAUUAUCCAAGAAGCGAAAAGUGGAAGAGACAUUGUUUGUCAAGCUGACAGAGCAUUGUAGUGCCAUUUUGCAAAAUAAGUUCCCUCAAAAGUAUGGAGAUCCAGGGAGUUUUACUAUACCUUGCUCUUUAGGAAGUACUAAAUUUCAAAAAUCUUUGUAUGAUUCAGGUGCUUCUAUUAAACUUAUGCCUUUGUCUAUUUUCAGGAAAUUAGAGGGAGAGAUUGGAGAUAUCAAGUCGAUACCUGUGUCCUUGCAGCUGGCGGAUCAGACCACAAUCAUACCUGAAGGAAUAGUGAAAGAUAUGCUAGUUUGGGUGGAAAAAAUUGUGUUCCCUACGGACUUCAUUGUGGUAAACAUGGAGCAAAAUAGGGAGGUCCCUCUGAUUUUAGGAAGACCCUUCUUAGCUACGGGCAGAGCAAUUCUGGAUAUUAGGAAAACAUGGAGCAAAAAUUCCUUUACCUCUUGUUUUUUAUUUGUGUGUCAUGGGGACAUGCCACAAUUUAAAGAGUAG